AUGGCGGCGCCCUACGUCCACGCCACCGCCCACCGCAAAUCCUCCUCCGACGACCGUCCGAAUCGCGCCCGGGGAAACCGGCCUCCUCUUCCCUUGUUGCCGGAUGACGCGAUCCACAACAUCUUCUCCUUUCUGCCCAUCGAAGACGCCGUCAGGACCAGCGUCCUCUCCAGGCGCUGGCGGUCCACCUGGACCUCGACCACCCACCUUGUAUUCGAUGGAUUCCGAUCUCGCAAUCGCGACGCCCGCUCCCUCGACUUCCCGUCCCUCGUUGGCCGCGUCCUGAGCCAGUGCACCUCGCCCACGGUGAAGAAGUUGCACGUCACCAACUUCAAGUACCGCCGCCGCUACCGCCCCAAGCUCGACCUCUGGCUCCACUUCGCACUGGGGCGCCGCGUGGAGGAUCUUCGGCUGUGGCUGAUCAGCGAGCAGUGGAUUAGAUAUACACUGCCACCGUUCUUGUAUUGCUCGGGUUGGUUGGUGCGUCUCGAAGUCAGUUGGUGCAGUUUCAGGUCGGAUGAGACUAUUUGGUGGCCUUGUCUUAAGUUCUUGUCGAUCGAAGAUGCGGAUUUGGAUGAUGAUAUGCUCGGGCGAAUCUUCACGGGAAGUCCCGUUUUAGAGUUCCUCAAGUUGGGGCGGUGCCGCUACGUGGAGAACAUUAUAAUAGAUUCAACAAGUGUGAAAGAUUUGGUAUUGAUUGGCAGCAAAAACUACUCUUACUCUUACAUGGAGAAAAUUUGGGCUCCACAUUUGCUCUCGUUGCGUGUAUCAGGGACGUGGUCGGGGCCGUGGCUGUGCACCCAUAUAUUCAGACUUGACGAUAUAUCUUCUUUAGUUGAAGCCGAGUUAGCUUUUUCCGGUCGAACUUCCUUAUUUGAGUGGAUGUACUGCAACUUGUUGAAGGAACUUCUUGACAGGCUGUGUGGAGUUCCUAAAAUCACCAUUGGCAGUUGGUGUUUGAAGAGUCUGAUACUACGCACACCAAUUAGUCAAUUGCACCUUCCUGGGAUAGCAUACAUGCUACGAAGUUCACAGUGCUUGGAAAGAUUAGUCAUACACCUAACUGGUGUCCUCCGAUUGAAGGGAGAAUCAAAAGGAAGUUGUAACUAUGAUGAAGAAGAUUUUUUGUGUUCACGGAAGGAAAGCUUUCAAUGUUUGGCGACACAUCUUAACCAAGUUGAGAUCAUUGGUUUCAAAGCUAAUAGCUUGGGGUCAAAACAUGUGCUCACCUUGAUUAAGUUUCUUCUUGGCAAUACAUUUACACUGGAGAAGAUGAUUAUCAAGGCUGAUUUGCGUGCAAGGAAUGGACAAAAACGUCUUCAAGCGACUGUUCUUUCGGAACUGCUUGCUGUCCGCCAAAAUGUGCUCAGCUAUCAAAGAGCUUCCAAAAAUGCUGAAAUUAUUUUCGAUUAUCCUCUUCAAUUGGCGUCCUUCUAG